UAUCUUUCAGUGUUAGAAAACGAAAUGAGUGAUUCCCUUCAAACCAAGUCAUUCCAUUCAAACCAAGCAAUAGCAGCAGGUGUCUAACAUAGCUGAGUGUGUGCCAUGAUCCUCCAGCUUGGAGGACUCCCAUGAUUUUUCCUCACCAUGGAUAUUCCUGGGUUUGCAGGCAUGAAGGGCUCAGCCAUUGAAAACUUCUCCUGUGUGAUUUAUAACAUCUUCCUCAUGAACUGCACUUGGCAGGCAGGAAGGGAUGCUCCAGCAGACACACAGUAUUUUCUCUACUGGCAGCAGUCAAGAGGUGAAGAGGAGAUGGAAUGUGAACUUUACAUUAAAGAUGAAAAUUUCAGAAAUGUGGGAUGCAUCUUCCAAAACGUGAGCAUAGGGAUUGAAAAAGCUUACUUCCUGGUGAAUGGGUCUAGCAACAACUCCCUGAUACAGUUCUAUGAUGAGUACAUUGACCUGUAUAAAAUUGAAAAGCUCAUGCCUCCAUCAAAUAUCACAGUCGCCUGUGAUGAACUUAAAAAUGAUUGCAUAAUUCAAUGGCAACGACCCCAAAUAAGUCAUUCUAGCAAAGACAUGUGUUUUAAAUAUGAAAUUAACAUAAAAUAUAAGGAUAAUCCUAAAGGAAAACCCAUAUAUACUUCCAUACAAGAAGGGGGAAACAGUAACAUAUUUCUAAGAUCAAAUACAAGAAAGAAGUACGUCUUGAAAAUGAGAGCAGCUGGCAGUGCCUGCUUUGUGAGCCCAGCCUGGGGGGAAUGGAGUGCACCUGUUGAGUUUGGAAAUGAGGAAAUGAUAUCUUCUUCAGUAUGGAUUUUACUUGGGGUAGGAGUUGCAACACUCUCAAUGGCAAUCAUCACAAUUUUUCUCUGCAAAAGGACUGGCUGUUUGAAGGCAGCAUUUCCACAGAUCCCAGGACCAAAACCUGCUUUAUUUACACUGGCUAAUACAAAUCCAGAGCUGAUGGAGAGCAAAAUACAGUCAAUAACAUCUGAAAAUGAAGAGAUAGUAUUAGUUGCUGACAUUGUGAGAUAGCCAAGAAAAAUGGAGAAGUCUGAAAGUGCAUUUCUUAGACAACUGUAUAUCCCCGUGGAAAGUCUGGAAUAAUAUAUAGGCUUUCUUUACUUUCUUCUUUUUCUUGUAUAAAAGCAUGAUGCAGCCAAGACAGAAUGAUACCUCAUAUGCAAUCUUUUUAAAUGCCAUUGUAUUUGCUUUUAGU